ACUUUUGACUGGUACUGAACAUAUAUAUAUACAGUAUAUAUAUACAGUUGAAGUCGGAAGUUUACAUACACCUUAGCAAAAUACAUGUUCUGGGAUUGAUUUGCACUUUUUGCACCAAAGUAAGUUAAUCUCUAGGAGACAGAACGCUUCUCCUUCCUGAGUGGUAUGACUGCUGCGUGGUCCCAUGGUGUUUAUACUUGCAUACUAUAUUGUAGAGAUGAACGUGAUACCUUCACGUGUUCGGAAAAUGCUCCCAAGGAUAAACCAGACUUGUGGAGGUCUACAAACAAUUGUUUUCUGAGGUCUUGGCUGAUUGCUUUUGACUUCCCCAUGAUGUCAAGCAAAGAGGCACUGAGUUUGAAGGUAGGCCUUGAAAUUCAUCCACAGGUACACCUCCAAUUGACUCAAAUUAUGUCAAUAAACCUAUCAGAAGCUUCUAAAGCCAUUACAUCAUUUUCUGGAAUUUUCCAAGCUGUUUAAAUGAACAGUCAACUUAGUGUAUGUAAACUUCUGACCCACUGGAAUUGCUAUACAGUGAAUUAUAAGUGAAAUAAUCUGUCUGUAAACAAUUGAUGGAAAAAUUAAUUGUGUCAUGCUCAAAGAAGAUGUCCUAACCGACUUGCCAAAACUAUAUUUUGUUCACAAGAAAUUUGUGGAGUGGUUGAAAAACGAGUUUUAAUGACUCCAACCUACGUGUAUGUAAACUUCCGAUUUCAACUGUAUAUAUACAGUUGAAGUCGGAAGUUUACAUACACCUUAGCCAAAUAUAUUUAAACUCAGUUUCUCACAAUUCCUGACAUUCAAGCCUCGUAAAAAUGAUCUGUCUUAGGUCAGUUAAGAUCACCACUUUAUUUUAAGAAUGUGAAAUGUCAAAAAAAUAGUAGAGAGAAUUAUUUAUUUCAGCUUUUAUUUCUUUCAUCACAUUCCCAGUGGGUCAUAAGUUUACAUACACUCAAUUCGUAUUUGGUAGCAUUGCCUUUAAAUUGUUUAAAUUGGGUCAAACAUUUCGGGUAGCCUUCCACAAGCUUCCCACAAUAAGUUGGGUGAAUUUUGUUCCAUUCCUCCUGACAUGACUGGUGUAACUGAGUCAGGUUUGUAGGCCUCCUUGCUCGCACAUACUUUUUCAGUUCUUCCCACAAAUUUCUAUAGGAUUGAGGGCAGGGCGUCGUUAUGGCCACUCCAAUACCUUGACUGUGUUGUCCUUUUUGUCAAUAACAGAUGCGCAAUGUUUAAUAUUAAAGAAGUCUCGAGGUAUUACUUGCCGGAGGUAGAGUACCUUGUGAUAAGCUGUAGACCACACUAUCUACCAAGAGAGUUCUCAUCUAUAUUAUUCAUAGCCAUCUAUUUACCACCACAGACCAAUGCUGGCACUAACACCGCACUCAACCAACUCUAUAAGGCCAUAAGCAAACAAAAAAUGCUCAUCCAGAAGCGGCGCUCCUAGUGGUCGUGGACUUUAAUGUAGGCAAACUUAAAUCAGUUUAACCAUUUUUUUUUACAAGCAUGUCACAUGUGCAACCAGAGGAAAACAAAAUGUAGACCACCUUUACUCCACACACAAAGAUGCAUACAAAGCUCUCCCCCGACCUCCAUUUGGUAAAUCUGACCAUAAUGGAAGUGGUCAGAUGACGCGGAUGCUACGCAACAGGACUGUUUUGCUAGCACAGACUGGAAUAUGUUCCAGGAUUCAUCCAAUGGCAUUGAGGAGUAUAUCACCUCAGUCAUUAGCUUCAUCAAUAAGUACAUUGAUGACGUCAUCCCCAUAGUGACCGUACGUACAUUUCCCAACCAGAAGCCAUGGAUUACAGGCAACAUCCGCAUCGAGCUAAAGGCUAGAGCUGCCGCUUUCAAGGAGCAGGACACUAAUCAGGAGGCUUAUAAGAAAUCUGGCUAUGCCCUCAGACAAACCAUCAAACAAGCAAAGUGUCGAUAAAGGAUUAAGAUUGAAUCCUACUACACCGACUAUGACGCUCGUCGGAUGUGGUUAGGGCUUGGAAACUAUUACGGACUACAAAGGGAAACCCAGACGCAAGCUGCCCAGUGACGCGAGCCUACCAGAUGAGCUAAAUGCCUUUUAUGCUUGCGUCGAGGCAGGCAACACUGAAGCAUGCACGAGAGCACCAGCUGUUCUUUAUGACUGUAUGAUAACGCUCUCGGUAGCCGAUGUGAGCAAGACCUUUAAACAGGUCAACAUUCACAAAGCUUCGGGGCCAGACAGAUUACCAGGACGUGUACUCCAAGCAUGCGCGGACCAACUGGCAAGUGUCUUCACUGACAUUUUUAACCUCUCCCUGACCGGGUCUGUAAUACCUACAUGUUUCAAGCAGACCACCAUAGUCCCUGUGCCCAAAGAAGCAAAGGUAACCUGACUAAAUGAUUACCGGUCGGUAGCCAUGAAGAGCUUUGAAAGGCUGGUCAUGGCUCACAUCAACAGCAUCCUCCCGGAUACCUUAGAUCCACUUCAAUUCGCAUGCAAUCUCAAUCGUAGUCUACACUGCCCUUUCCCACCUGUACAAAAGGAACACCUACGUGAGAAUGCUGUUCAUUGACUACAGCUCAGCAUUCAACACCAUAGAGCCCACAAAGCUCAUCAUUAAACUAAGGAUCCUGGGAUUAAACACCUCCCUCUGCAACUGGAUCCUGGACUUCCUAAUGGGCCGCCCCCCAGGUGAUAAGGGUAGGCAACAACACGUCUGCCACGCUGACCCUUAACACUGAGGCUCCUCAGGGGUGUGUACUUAGCCACCUCAAUAACUCCCUGUUCACACACAACUGCGUGGCCAAACACGACUCCAACACCAUCAUUAAGUUUGCUGACAACAAAACAGUGGUAGGCCUGAUCACAAACAAUGAUGAGACAGCCUUUAGGGAGGAGAUCAGAGAACUGGCAGUGUGUUCUCAGGACAACAACCUCUCCCUCAAUGUGAGCAAGACAAAGGAGCUGAUCGUGGUCUACAGGAAAAGGCAGGCCGAACAUGCCCCCAUUAACAUCGACAGGACUGUAGUGGAGCGUGUCGAGAGUUUCAAGUUCCUUGGUGUCCACAUCACCAACGAAAUAUCAUGGUCCAAACACACCAAGACAGUCGUGAAGAGGGCACAACAAAACCUUUUUCCCCUCGGGAGACUGAAAAGAUUUGGCAUGGAUCCCCAGUUCCUCAAAAAGUUAUACAGCUGCACCAUCGAGGGCAUUCUGACCAGUUGCGUGACCACCUGGUAUGGCAACUGCUCGGCAUCUGACCAUAAGGCGCUACAGAGGGUAGUGCAUACGUCCCAAUACAUCACUGGGGCCAAGCUUCUUGCCAUCCACAAACUAUAUAAUAGGCGGUGUCAGAGGAAAGCCUAUAAAAUUGUCAGAGACUCCAGUCACCCAAGUCAUAGACUGUUUUCCCUGCUACCGCAAGGCAAGCGGUACCGGAGCGCCAAGUCAAGGACCAAAAGGCUCCUCAACAGCUUCUACCCACAAACCAUAAGACUGCUGAACAAUUAAUCAAUUCACCGCCGGACUAUUUACAUUGUUUUGUACACUGCUGCUACUCCCUGUUUAUUAUCUAUGCAUAGUCACUUCACUCCUACCUACAUUUUUUAUUUUUUUUAUUUUUUAUUUCACCUUUAUUUAACCAGGUAGGCUAGUUGAGAACAAGUUCUCAUUUGCAACUGCGACCUGGCCAAGAUAAAGCAUAGCAGUGUGAACAGACAACAACAUAGAGUUACACAUGGAGUAAACAAUAAACAAGUCAAUAAACAAGUCAAUAACAUGUACAAAUUACCUCAACUAACCUGUAGCUCCACACACUGACCUGGUACCGGUGCCCCCUUGUAUAUAGCCUCGUUAUUGUUAUGUUAUUACGUUACUUUUUUAAUAAUUUUUACCUAAUUUGGUAAAUAUUUUCUUAACUCUUCUUGAACUGCACUGUUGGUUAAGGGCUUGUAAGUAAGCAUUUCACAUUUAAAUUUUUUAUUUAUUUUACCUUUAUUUAACUAGGAAAGUCAGUUAAGAACAAAUUCUUAUGGUAAGGUCUACACUUGUUGUAUUCGGCGGUGACAAAUCAAGUUUGGUUAGAUUUUUUUUUGCUGACUCUUGGGUAAAAGUGGAACUGUGUGCCUCAGGAAAAAAAAAUCCCCCAGAUGUAUGCCUAGUUUUCUUCCUAUAAGGCCAGCCCAUUUCACCAUCUCGUAUCUCAUGUUAAGUCUUUACCAUGAUUCACUGGUAUUUGGAACAAAAUCAGCUAGGGCUGUGAACAAGCAGUUGCAUGUCAAAACGAAGACAAAAAUAAAACGGUGUGGGUGAGACAGAUGACAUAGAAAUGAAGGUUGGGCUGUGACUGAAAACUUCCUGAAUUAGCUCAGAGAUCUUGCUGUUUGUGAUGUCACACUGGCUCUGGCCAGUCCUCAGAGGAAGUCAUUCUUAAAGUUAAUCUCAAGACGUUCCUCUUUAAACCAACAGAAAAGCCUGAACAGCGGAGACACACAGGAGAGGAGAUACAUAUAUGUGGAGGGGAGCAUAGACUGCCUUUCAAACCCGAUUGUUUUCACACUGACCCCAAAGGCAUGACUCAACUGAUAUUCCCCUGAGAUGCUCUGAAAAGCGGAAGAGGUGGACUUUGUGAAAAAAAACGGCAACAUCCAACGUUUCCUGGAAGCGAAAUCAUACUUAAUCUAACGAUGGCUGAAAUGGCUACAAUAGCACACGAUAACUCUACUGGCAGAGAGAACCAGUCCUUGCACUGCCCAUCCGCUCAGAAUCUGGUGGCCGACAUACUGCCUCCUGUCCUGAUUAUAGAACUCCUACUGGGGCUGCCAGGCAACGUAGUGGCCCUGUGGAUCUUCACUUGCCAUCUGAAGAUCUGGAGGGUCAACACUCUGUUCCUCUUCAACCUGGUCCUGGCUGACUUCAUGCUUCUCAUCUGCCUGCCCUUCCGCAUUGACAACCUGCUCCGUGGGGAACAAUGGGUGUUUGGCGACGCCUGGUGCCGGAUCAACCUCUUCAUGCUGGCUGUCAACCGUUCAGCAAGCAUUGCCUUCAUGACUAGCGUGGCCUUCGACCGCUACUUCAAGGUGGUCCAUCCGCACCACCGCAUCAACCACAUGACGUCUACUCAGGCGGGAAUGGUGGCGGGGGGCAUCUGGGCGGUAGUGAUCUCCCUGCGGCUCCCCCUGCUGGCCACCAACCUCCUAGUGGAGCAUGGCAACAUCUCCCUGUGCCGCAGCUUCAGCUCCUACACCGUGAUUCCCCCGGCGAUCCUGCUGCACUACAUGGUGUUCGUCGGGGAGUUCUUCCUGCCCCUGCUGCUCCUGCUGUUCUGCUCAGCCAGGAUCGCCUGCAUCCUGCGCCAACGGCAGCUGGACAAGGUGAAGAAGGUGCGGCGGGCCAUCCGGGUGGUGGGGAUAAUUGUGGCUGUGUUUGUGCUGUGUUUCUUUCCUGGCAUCGCCACAGGCCUAGUUUCGCUCUAUAUCAAGGCAUUCAGACCUUGGGACUGUGUCUCCUACAAAAUGGCAGGCCAGCUUUUCAGCCUGUCCAUUGGCUUCACCUACCUUAACAGUGCCCUGGACCCGGUCAUCUACUGCUUAUCCAGCUCCAUGUUCCAGAACUCCCUCAAGAGCUCCAUCAAUAAGAUGGGCCUGGUGGAGUUGAGGCUGAGCCGACGGGGAAGCAUGGCCAGCGAUGGGUGAGGGGAGAUGGGGUGAGGGAGGCAACUCUGGCCUUUUCCUCCAGAGACAGGCCCCACCUUCUAGAAGGCCCUAAUAAGGAGAACAUACUCAUGACAGUGAAUUGAAUGGAGACUAGACAGAGGAAUUUUACAGCUGUAAUUAACAAGCCAUAUGUUAUAUUCAGAAACAUUUCAUAGCUACAGUGUGGCAAAAAAGUAUUUAGUCAGCCACCAAUUGUGCAAGUUCUCCCACUUAAAAAGAUGAGAAGCCUGUAAUUUUCAUCAUAGGUACACUUCAACUAUGACAGACAAAAUGAGGGGAAAAAAUCCAGAAAAUCACAUUGUAGGAUUUUUUAUGAAUUUAUUUGCAAAUUAUGGUGGAAAAUAAGUACUUGGUCAAUAACAAAAGUUUAUCUCAAUACUUUGUUAUAUACCCUUUGUUGGCAAUGACAGAGGUCAAACGUUUUCUGUAAGUCUUCACAAGGUUUUCACACACUGUUGCUGGUAUUUUGGCCCAUUCCUCCAUGCAGAUCUCCUCUAGAGCAGUGAUGUUUUGGGGCUGUUGCUGGGCAACACGGACUUUCAACUCCCUUCAAAGAUUUUCUAUGGGGUUGAGAUCUGGAGACUGGCUAGGCCACUCCAGGACCUUGAAAUGCUUCUUAUGAAGCCACUCCUUCAUUGCCCGGGCGGUGUGUUUGGGAUCAUUGUCAUGCUGAAAGACCCAGACACGUUUCAUCUUCAAUGCCCUUGCUGAUGGAAGGAGGUUUUCACUCAAAAUCUCACGAUACAUGGCCCCAUUCAUUCUUUCCUUUACACGGAUCAGUCGUCCUGGUCCCUUUGCAGAAAAACAGCCCCAAAGCAUGAUGUUUCCACCCCCUUGCUUCACAGUAGGUAUGGUGUUCUUUGGAUGCAACUCAGCAUUAUUUGUCCUCCAAACACGACGAGUUGAGUUUUUACCAAAAAGUUCUAUUUUGGUUUCAUCUGACCAUAUGACAUUCUCCCAAUCUUCUUCUGGAUCAUCCAAAUACUCUCUAGCAAACUUCAGACGGGCCUGGGCAUGUACUGGCUUAAGCAGGGGGACACGUCUGGCACUGCAGGAUUUGAGUCCCUGGCGGCGUAGUGUGUUACUGAUGGUAGGCUUUGUUACUUGGUCCCAGCUCUCUGCAGGUCAUUCACUAGGUCCCCCCGUGUGGUUCUGGGAUUUUUGCUCACCGUUCUUGUGAUCAUUUUGACCCCACGGGGUGAGAUCUUGUGUGGAGCCCCAGAUCGAGGGAGAUUAUCAGUGGUCUUGUUUGUCUUCCAUUUCCUAAUAAUUGCUCCCACAGUUGAUUUCUUCAAACCAAGCUGCUUACCUAUUGCAGAUUCAGUCUUCCCAGCCUGGUGCAGGUCUACAAUUUUGUUUCUGGUGUCCUUUGACAGCUCUUUGGUCUUGGCCAUAGUGGAGUUUGGAGUGUGACUGUUUGAGGUUGUGGACAGGUGUCUUUUAUACUGAUAACAAGUUCAAACAGGUGCCAUUAAUACAGGUCACGAGUGGAGGACAGAGGAGCCUCUUAAAGAAGAAGUUACAGGUCUUUGAGAACCAGAAAUCUUGCUUGUUUGUAGGUGACCAAAUACUUAUUUUCCACCAUAAUUUGCAAAUAAAUUCAUUAAAGAUCCUACAAUGUGAUUUUCUGGAUUUUUUUUUCUCAUUUUGUCUGUCAUAGUUGAAGUGUACCUAUGAUGAAAAUUACAGGCCUCUCUCAUCUUUUUAAGUGGGAGAACUGACUAAAUACUUUUUUUGCCCCACUGUAUGUGGGAUACGUACUUGAAAUGGCUGAAUACCAGUUAGUGUGAAAAAAAGAUAGGAAAAAGAAUGCAAUCGUUCCAUCUGAAUUUGACAUUAUUUUCACAACCAUGUGAUGUUGUAGAACGACAUUAUGUUUUUGUCUUGAUUUACUAAUAUGUCCGUCAAAUACACCAUUUCUACCAAAUACAGUGUUCAUACAGCAAGAUGUUUAAUCAAAUGUAUGUGUUGCUCAGUUCUUUAUAAAAGUGGUAUUUUUAUGUGAUGUCUGUGCUUAGAGUGAUGGUAUACUGUACACUGUGUACAAAACAUGUUCUUUCCAUUACAUAGACUGACCAGGUGAAUCAAGGUGAACGAUUUGAUCCCUUAUUGAUGUCACCUGUUAAAUGAACUUCAAUCAGUGUAAAUGAAGGGGAGGAGACAGGAUUUUUACGUCUUGAGACAAAUGAGACAGGAUUUUUAAGCCUUGAGACAAUUGACACAUGGAUUGUGCAUGUGUGCCAUUCAGAGGGUAAAUGGGCAAGACAAAAGAUUUAAGUGCCUUUGAAUGGGGUAUAGUGUUAGGUGCCAGGCACACUGGUUUGAGUGUGUCAAGAACUGCAACGCAGCUGGGUUUUUCACGCUCAACAGUUUCCCCGUGUGUAUCAAGAAUUGUCCACCACUCAAAGGACAUCCAGUCAACUUGACACAGCUGAGGGAAGUAUUGGAGUCAACAUGGGCCAGCAUCCCUGUGGAACGCUUUCAACACCUUGUAGAGUCCAUGCUCGAAAUUGAGGCUGUUCUGAGGACAAAAGGGAUUGCAACGCAAUAUUAGGAAGGUGUUCCUAAUGUUUUGUACACUGAGUGUAUAUUUUUCUAUCUGGAUAUUUUGUUCAUUUGUGAUGAAUGAAAUGGCAAUAAAGAUA